CAGAACUUUCACCGCAGUUUAACUGCAACCGGCCUCUGUCGUCUCCGCAACUUUCCGUCGACCGUCUAUCGGUAACUUGGGCCGACCCAAGCCCUACUAUGUCCGGUGGGCCUCAUAUUCUGCCAUCAGAAGCAACUACGAACAAUGAAGUGAAAUUCUCAUCAGCUACUGGAGAUGGAUCGGAUGAUGAGGAUUACUCUGUCAGUCUUAGUGCCGUCUUACGCCAACGUAGGGCAAGUGUACGUCGAUCACGGAAAGGUCGCCAGAGACGAUCCUCCUCACCAUUUCUUCCCGAAGAAACAAGGCCUAGGAGGCGAUCUUCAGUCUUUACGACCAGUUCAGGAGACACAGCGAUCUCAAUUGAGGAGCAGCCUGUGGUUACACAAGAGCAGAUUUUUGAAAACAUUCAUCUGCACAAAGAAGUUUUGGGGUCUGUAAAGCAGCAGCCUCUCGGGAUGAGAAGAAAACUUAAAAUAGUACAUCAGGCUAAAGCGUAUAUAAAACGACAUGAAGGACAACUACAGGAACGCCUUGCCCAAUCUAAAAGUACUAGAGAUAUAUAUGCAAGGUUUAGCAUUCUCAUAACAACCAAAUGGCAUCAAAUGAAACGCGAAGCCGCAAAUACGUCUAAUUUGCUCAUACCAUGGGAAUUGCGCAUCAAGGAAAUUGAAUCUCAUUUCGGAUCAGUUGUGGCGUCAUAUUUCACAUUUCUGAGGUGGUUGUUUUGGGUCAACUUGGUUAUUGGAUUUAUUUUACUCGUUUUUGUGAUAGUCCCAGAAUACCUCACGGCGAAUCCUUCUCAAGAUGGUGAAAGAAAAAUAAUAAUGGAACAUGAAAGACGUAACGCGACGAAUCUUUUAACUUUAUGGGAAUUCGAAGGGAUACUAAAGUAUUCGCCCAUUUUCUAUGGAUAUUAUAGCAAUGUAGAACGAUCAGAAUACAAAAUGCCACUAGCUUAUUUUCUCACUGGUUUAGUCGUGUAUGUUUAUAGUUUCGUCGCCAUACUAAGGAAAAUGGCGGAGAACUCUAGAAUGUCCAAAUUGUCAGAAAAAGAAGAUGAAUGUAUUUUUUCAUGGAAACUAUUCACUGGCUGGGACUUCAUGAUCGGUAAUGCUGAAACCGCUCAUAACCGAAUUGCAUCAGUUAUUCUAGGAUUUAAAGAGGCCUUACUUGAAGAGGCAGAAAAAAAGAAAAACUUGAGAAACUGGCGUAUAAUUACCUUGCGCGUAACUGUUAAUAUUUGCGUUUUGGUACUUCUAAUAGUUUCUGCGUAUGCAGUUGUUACCGUAGUGUCUCGAUCUGAUGAUAAUAUAAAAAGAAGGAGUUGGUGGCGGGAGAAUGAAACAACAACAGUUGUUACAGUUAUUUCAAUUUCAUUUCCUAUAUUCUUUGAGCUAUUGGGGUUUCUUGAACACUAUCAUCCCCGAAAGCAGCUAAGAUUACAACUAGCAAGAAUAAUGUUGUUGAAUUUACUUAAUUUGUACUCAUUAAUAUUUGCAUUAUUCAGUAAAAUUGGGGAUAUGAGUAAGGAAUUAGAAUCGCUUCAACCAACCCUAGAUAUGAAUGCGAGCCAUAUGACAAAGAUGUAUCAAGAUCAUUUAAUAGCAAAUGUUUCUUCUUCAUGUACAGAAAAAAUUAUCCCAUGCCUCCCAUGUAAACUAAUUCAAUCAUCAAUGGAUUUAUCCGAAGAAUUUAACUUUGUAGACAUCACAAAAUCCUAUCUUCGUGAUACUAAGACAAAAUAUAAUUCACAAAAAAUGAAAGAAAAAGGAGUUAUGUAUUUAAAAGCAGAGAAUCUUGUAAUAGAAAACAGUGAUAACAUUUUAUAUAACAGCGACCAAGUCGAAUGGGAACGUAUAAGAAACUUAAGUAGACAGAAUUACGAUGAAGAAAUAGAAGAAGCAAAGUCCGAAGAAGACUAUAGUUUUUACGAUUCUAAUUAUUAUGAUAGCACAUUAUCAUUGUCUACGACUUUAGAGACAAUGACUGACGGUUCUUCAGAACAAAGCUCGUUUUUUCAAGAAACUAUAAAAAUAACAGAUAGUACCACAAAUUUAGAUAAUGCUUGGUCGAUAACAGUGAACACUAUAACUGACUCAGAUAAUAUUGAUACAAAGCUAUCUACGAAUCCAUUUGAAAACGAAAUACUUUUAUCAUCCAGUAAUAGUUUAGAUAUAACAAGUCCUACUGACGCUACUCCAAAUACAAAGUAUGCAGAUGAUAAUUCCGAUAGAAUAGUUGUUGACAACUUGGAUUUUAAAUCAAGUACAAUGUUAAGUGGUACGAAUUCUAUGGAAACUUAUUCCUACGAUGAAAAUACUUGGAAUGAUAAUAAUACACUAUACUCCGACACAACGCCAUCUUAUCCAUUAACAAGUAAAUCAAAUGCUAAUGAAAAAACAACAAUUUGCCCAAAUAUCUAUUUUAACUGCACAUUUAAAUGUGGGGAUUUAAAUAUUACACAAAUGUUCUUUUUAAUCAACUGCAAAAUAAGUGAAAUAAAGUGUUUUGUUAGAGAAUGCAAGAUCAAAGAAACACAAGAUGAUAAUACCGGGGCGAUAAAAUCAUUUACUGAUACUGUUUAUUACAAUAAAUAUUAUCAUAAAAAGAUGUACAACUUAACAAACACUACGAGAAAAAGAUUACUGAAGCUUUGUUGGGAAACAAUGUUUGGACAGGAGUUGAUUAAACUGACAAUGAUGGACUUAGUAUUCGUUCUACUUGGUACUCUUUUUAUGGAUUUCUUCCGCGCCUUGUUUGUUCGAUACUUGAAUCGAUGUUGGUGUUGGGAUUUAGAAAAGAAAUUUCCUGAAUAUGGCGAUUUUAAAAUAGCUGAAAAUAUUUUACAUCUCAUUAAUAACCAAGGAAUGGUUUGGAUGGGAAUGUUUUUUUCGCCCGGCCUUGUAAUUCUUAAUGUCUUCAAGUUAAUGAUAAUGAUGUAUCUUCGAUCAUGGGCUGUUAUGACUUGUAACGUUCCCCAUGAAGUUGUGUUUAGAGUUUCGAAAAGCAAUAAUUUUUAUUUGGCCCUUUUACUCACUAUGCUAUUUCUUUGCGUCCUUCCCGUUGGUUAUACUAUAGUUUGGGUUAAACCAUCGUGGCAUUGUGGCCCUUUUUCAGAAUACGACAAAAUUUAUAAAAUUAUAACUACCAAUAUUUAUAAAAUUCUUCCCAAAAGUCUUAACUUUACACUAGAAUAUAUUGCAUCACCUGCCAUCGUGAUUCCCUUACUUGUCUUAUUAAUUCUAAUUAUCUAUUAUUUAACAUCACUAACAAAUUCCCUAAGAGAAGCUAACAACGAUUUAAAGAUUCAAUUACGACGUGAAAGAACCGAAGAAAGACGAAAAAUGUUUCAAUUAGCUGACACAAGGCGUCGGCCAGGUUCAUCUUCAAUAGACAAUACCCCUUUUGGUAGAUGGAAAAAAGCUCUACCGUCUCUACCCAUUAGCAAAUCUAUUGAUUCAGAUGACAAAAAAGCUAUUGUAGGAAACAUUGGAAAAGACACAAAACAGAUAGCCAAGAAAAAAGGUGGCAUAUUGGCUAAGAUUGUUAGUUUGGCAUUAGAUAAGAAAAAAUGUGAUCAGGAGUUACAUGAGGUUUCGUGCACAGCAAAUACAGAAAAUUAUGAAACAGAUACAGAUUUUCAUGAAUCUUUGCCGAAAGACAUUUUAAAAAUAAAAGAUAUUACCACAAUAAAUGACCAAAAGAUGAAUUCCACUCUAGAAAAUGAAACGAAAAUCAAUUUGACGUCCAAAAUUCCUUCUGAAAAUAUUGCACUGAAACAAAAUAAAGACGCCAGUUACAAAAUUAGUGAUACAUACGAUGCUGUUCUUAAAACAAAAUCAACUCAGGAUACUAAAGUAACAAAUGCUCACGUUAAAAAACUUGUUAAAAACGGAAAUUCUGAUUCAAUAGGAUCAGUAAUACCUGUAAUAACUAUCAGUACUACUGAAAGCGACGAGGACAUAUUACAGACAAAUUCAAAACCACAACAAAGCAACGAGAAGAGUUUAAAGAGUCAUGCAAACAAUAAAUCACCAAAAGACAGAAAAUCCCUCUCCCACUACAGAAGUACCACCGACCUUAAAUCAUUACAGAGACAAAAUAGUUUCGACACUGUAAAAUUUAAUAAAGACGAGAAGGAUGCUGGUCAUAAAUAUCAAAACUCUCUGUAA